AUGUUACAGCAAGCACGCUAUGGUGUGACGUUGUUAGGUAGUAGAGCUUCAACAUUGCGCUCAUGUACAAUACAAAGAACUUUUAAAUCAUCAGCUCUGGUCUCUCAGAAAAAGUACCCCGAGCUUAAGAACGUUGAGUACGACGCAGAAGGUAACCCAGACUACACCAAAUUAAUCUUGACGUCCAGAGUCUACGAUGUUGUGGACAAAGGUGGGUCUCCAUUGACACACGCUGUGAACUUGUCUCACCGUUGUAAUGCCAAAGUGUAUUUAAAACGUGAGGAUCUCUUGCCCGUCUUCUCUUUCAAAUUGCGUGGUGCCUAUAAUAUGAUUGCAAAAUUGCAUUCAAACUCAAAUACCCCCCUUAAUGGUGUCAUUGCUUGCUCUGCCGGAAAUCAUGCCCAGGGAGUUGCUUACUCGGCUGCAAAACUAAAUAUUCCAUCCACAAUUGUUAUGCCCACUGCUACUCCAUCCAUCAAAUACUCCAACGUUUCCAGACUUGGAUCGCAAGUUGUCUUGUACGGCGAAGACUUCGAUGCUGCCAAACAAGAGUGUGCAAGGUUGAGUGAGCUUGACAAUUUGACAAAUAUUCCUCCUUUCAACCAUCCGUAUGUUAUCGCUGGUCAGGGUACUGUUGGGUUGGAGUUAACUACACAGCUUAUUCUUGAUGACUUGGAUGCAGUUUUUGUACCAGUAGGUGGAGGAGGAUUAAUUGCUGGUAUUGCUGCCUACUUAAAAAUGGUGGCUCCUCACGUCAAGGUCAUCGGAGUUGAGACUUAUGAUGCCGAUGCUUUGUACCGCUCAUUGCAGCAGAAAGAUCAGGUUGAACUCGAUCUGGUGGGUGUGUUCGCCGAUGGUACUGCUGUCAAAAUCCUCGGUGACGAAACUUGGAGACUUUGUGAAAAGUACGUGGAUGAAGUUGUCCGAGUGGACACCGAUGAGCUUUGUGCAGCCAUCAAGGAUGUCUUUGAGGACACAAGACUGAUCGUUGAGCCAUCAGGAGCACUUGGUGUCGCUGGUAUGAAGAAGUACAUCGCUAAUACAAGUGACAAGAUUGACCACAGGAAAAAAACUUACGUUCCUAUCCUUUCUGGUGCAAAUAUGAAUUUUGAUAGAUUACGUUUCGUCAGUGAAAGAGCUGUGCUUGGUGAAGGUAGGGAAGUUUCAUUCGUUGUUUCCAUCCCAGACAGACCUGGUGAGUUUGUGAAGCUUCAGAACAUCAUCCACCCAAGAUCCAUCACUGAAUUUUCUUACAGACUUGUCAAUUCUGAGCAUCCAGCUAAUAUUUUCGUCAGUUUCAACGUUGUAAACAAGGCAAAGGAGGUGCCUGCCAUUAUGGAGGCUAUGGACAAGCACGACUUCAAAUAUCUCGAUAUUUCUCACAACGAAUUAGCAAAAACACACGGCCGUUACUUAGUGGGUGGUAAGCCAACCGAGAGCACACUCAAACCUGGUCAGGAGAAGUUGUAUCAGUUUGAAUUUCCUGAGAGACCGGGCGCAUUAACCAAGUUCUUGCAAGCCAUGAAAGACAACUGGAACAUCACGUUAUUUCAUUACAGAAACCAUGGGAAUGACGUGAGCAAAGUAUUGUGUGGCUUUGUACUUCCAGAGACAGCUUUGGAAGAAGACUUCAAGAGCUUCUUGGAUCAAAUUGGUUACAAAUACAUUGACGAGACCGACAACAUCAUAUACAAAAAGUUCUUGUGCAAUUAA